AUGUCCAAACCACUCCUCUCCACCCCCGUCCUCCUCACCUUCACCCUCACCACCCUAUUCGUCUUCACCUUUACCGUCCUGCUCCUAACCCCGUACCACAUCCUCCCACACAUCCUCCUCCCGGUCUGCCAGAACCUCGACGCCAACCCUGAGCGAACCCACGGCCGACCCUUCUACGAGCGCCCCGAGCUAGAACGAACCACCACCGAUGACCCCGGGUUCCGAACAUGGGAAUCGCUCCUCCUCCCGCCCAGCGGCGGGGGUAUCAUCUCGUACACUGAUCCGGAGCCGGACUCGCCCAACCACACGCAUACGCACGACCAGCCCCUCACGUGGGGAAUCUCGAUGAUGCACCAGCUCCACUGUCUGAUUGUUCUUCGGGGGAUUGUCUUCCCGGAAUCGACAGAGAAUAAGAUCAAUUCGACGAGUCAGGCGCAUUCGGGCGACGAGGGUCAUGAUGGGAAGCAUUGGGCGCAUUGCUUUGAUUAUAUCGCUCAGGGGAUCCUCUGCGCAGCGGACGAUACGAUUGAACGGCCUCGGGAUGUAGUCAACGGGCACGGACAGACGGUAUCCCAGAUCGAUGGGGAAGGGUCGGUGCAUCAGUGUCGGGAUGCGAGGGUGCUCUGGGAGGCGUCGAUGGCGUCGAGGGAUGAGCCGGUGGAUUUGGCUCAUUGGCGGGAGGGGGUUGGCGUCCGGGCUUUCAUGGGGAAGAGCGUCCAGAGGAGGGAAGGGGUGCCUCAGUUGUAUACCCUGGGCAUGAAGCAGCGUUGA